AUGAAGUCCGUCCACUACCCCCACGAGGUCAUUGCGGCCCGCAAGGGUUCCCCCUUGGUCAUCGGUGUCCGUACCGAGAAGAAGAUGAAGGUCGACUUUGUCGAUGUCGAGUACUCCGAAGAGGGUACUGCUCUGCCUGCUGAGGCUGCCUCGCAAAAUGCUGCCCUCAAGAAGUCGGCCACCAGCCUGCUUGCCCCGCCAGACAAGAGCCUGCUUCACCGCUCCCAGUCCCGGGCCUUCCUGUCAGACGACGGUGUGCCCCAGCCAGCAGAGUUCUUCCUCUCCUCUGACCCUUCGGCCAUCGUAGAGCACACCAAGAAGGUCCUCUACCUCGAGGACGAUGACAUUGCUCACAUCCACGAGGGUCAGCUCAACAUCCACCGUCUCAACAAGAACGAUGGCACCUCCAACGUCCGUGCCAUCCAGACCAUCGAGCUCGAGCUCCAGGAGAUCAUGAAGGGCAAGUUCGACCACUUCAUGCAAAAGGAGAUCUUCGAGCAGCCCGAGUCCGUCGUCAACACCAUGCGUGGACGUCUCGAUGCUGAGAACUGCAAAGUCACCCUCGGUGGCCUGCGUCAGUACAUCUCCACCAUCCGCCGCUGCCGUCGUAUCAUCUUCAUUGCCUGCGGUACUUCUUACCACUCCUGCAUGGCCGUCCGCGGUGUCUUCGAGGAGCUGACCGAGAUUCCCAUCUCCGUCGAGCUGGCCUCUGACUUCCUCGACCGCGAGGCUCCUGUCUUCCGUGACGACACCUGCGUCUUCGUCUCCCAGUCCGGCGAGACCGCUGACUCGCUCAAUGCCCUCCGCUAUUGUCUCGAGCGCGGUGCCCUCACCGUCGGCUUCGUCAACGUCGUCGGCUCUUCCAUCUCCCUGCUCACCCACUGCGGUGUCCACAUCAACGCCGGCCCCGAGAUCGGUGUUGCCUCCACCAAGGCCUACACCUCUCAAUUCGUCGCCAUGGUCAUGUUCGCCCUCUCCCUCAGCGAAGACCGUGCCUCCAAGAGACAGCGCCGUGAGGAAAUCAUCAAGGGUCUUGGCCUGGUCUCCGAUCAGUUCCGCGAGAUCCUCAAGCUCAGCGAGCCAAUCAAGGAGAUGUGUGCCAAAUUCUUCAAGAACCAAAAGUCCCUCCUCCUGCUUGGCCGUGGAAGCCAGCACGCCACCGCUCUCGAGGGUGCCCUCAAGAUCAAGGAAAUUUCCUACCUGCACUGCGAGGCCGUCAUGUCCGGCGAGCUCAAGCACGGUGUUCUCGCUCUCGUCGACGAGAACCUGCCAAUCAUCAUGAUCUUGACCAGAGACAACCUCUUCGCCAAGUCUCUCAACGCCUACCAGCAGGUCAUUGCCCGUGCCGGUCGUCCUAUCGUUAUCUGCAACCCUGACGACGAGGAGUUCCCUGCCUCCGAGACAGAACGCAUCGAGAUCCCCCGCACGGUCGACUGUCUGCAGGGUCUGCUCAACGUCAUCCCUCUGCAGCUCAUCGCCUACUGGCUUGCUGUCGGCGAGGGUCUCAACGUUGACUUCCCACGUAACUUGGCCAAGUCAGUCACCGUCGAGUAA